GUAAUUUUACCAAAUAUGAAGGGCUUUUCCUCGUCGAAAUCGCAAUUUGUUCAUGAAAAGGAAAGCACCAGUGGGAUAUUCACAGAUUCAUGCCUCAACGACAUCAUGCUUCCAUCGUUCCUUAGCUUGGUCGCCUUGUACGAGAGCUACCUCCGCCGUUGCCUGAUCAAGGCGGGCCUGUCGCAGCAGACCGUCGACGUGGACGGCGAGACCACGCUCCAGUUCUGGGGGCCGAGCCCCGCCCGAUCGUCCCGGAAACCCGCCCUCGUGUUCGUCCACGGGUUCGGUCCCAAGGCGAUAUGGCAAUGGCGGCGGCAGGUGCAGCACUUCGCCCCCAUGUUCGACGUGUACGUCCCCGACCUCGUCUUCUUCGGCGGGUCCACCACGAGGUCCGCCGAGAGGUCGGAGGCCUUCCAGGCGGCCUCGGUCGUGAAGCUGCUCGAGAAGGCGGGCGUGGAGAGGUACAGCGUGGUGGGCACGAGCUACGGCGGGUUCGUGGCCUACCACAUGGCGAGGAUGUGGCCGGAGAGGGUGGAGAGGGCGGUGAUCGCCAGCUCGGGGAUCAACCGGAGGAGGAGCGACGGCGAGGAGGUGGCGAGGAGGGCCGGGACGGGGAGCCCCGCCGACGUCAUGCUGCCGGAGACCGCCGCGAACAUGAGGAGGCUCCUGGGGUUGGCCGUGUCCCGGCGCGUCGCUAGCAUGGUCCCGGAUUUCGUGUUGAAUGACGUCGUCCAUAGAUUAUAUUCGGAAAAUAGGAAGGAAAAAAUAGAGCUCAUGAGGGGAUCCACCACUGGGAAGGACGACACGCCUCACGUUUCCGCCCUUCAACAGGAGGUGUUGCUUUUGUGGGGAGAAAAUGACCAGAUAUUCCCCGUGGAAAUGUCCAGUGAACUUAAGGAGCUUCUGGGGAAGAAGGUGAGAUUGGAGGUGAUGAAGAACACAGGGCACAUGCCGCAGGUGGAAGACACGGCACAGUUCAACAAGAUCGUGGAAAGUUUCUUAUGUGGGCCGCCAUGAUUCCUACCUAAGAUAAUAAUUUUAUGUUCGUCCUAGAUAGAUAUUAACUGUUAAAUUAUUAAAGAAGUUGCUGGAAGUUGGGUGGUUGGUUACAUUUUAAUGUCCCACUAAGUUAGGUGCAUGAUGUAGAAAUCUGUCCCUUGCAAAACAUUAACGAUGUCAUUUUCAAGGCA